UAAUAAACAAUCAUUGGUUUAAAGUCUUAGACUUUAUGAUUUUUCUUGCUAUAUUUUAUAAUGUCCAUUAUUAUAAUUAAUUGGUUUUUCACAAUUAUAACUUAUCGAAUUUUUAGUUCACGUCAAAAAAAAAAAAAAACUUGAAUUUUUAGUUGUAGUUCAUAUAUAUACUGCUUUUGUUCAUCUAAAUUGUUUUGAUAGUUUAGUAAUUAAUGUUGUGUCAAAUUUCAUUUCACAUUGAAGAUGGUGUUAAGCUUUAAUUUUAUUAAAAUUCUAAACCCUAAUUUUAAAUAUUUUGACCUUAUAAAUGUAUGUUUUCUCUAUAUAGGUAGCUUUGAGCCAACAAAAACUCUAUAUAUAGUUUCAACAACAUGUAUUCCGACCAAUAUGGAUAUGAAUAUCGCGGGACCUCGUUCAAGCGUAUGUAUCGAUGCUACCCUCCAUCCUUUUUGGAUAAGCCACAUCUCGAGAAUGGGGAUAAAAUUAUAAUGCCUCCAUCGGCCCUUGACAAGCUCGCAUUUCUACAUAUAGAUUAUCCAAUGUUGUUUGAGCUUCGAAAUAAUUCUGCUGAGAGAGUCUCUCAUUGUGGGGUGUUAGAGUUCACAUCAGAGGAAGGCAUUAUCUGUAUGCCUUGUUGGAUGAUGGAAAAUAUGAGAUUAAAAGAGGGAGAUUUAGUGCGUUUAAAGAUUGUUUCUCUUCGAAGAGGAAAGUAUAUUAAAUUGCAACCGCAUUGCAGCGACUUUCUGGACAUUUCAAACCCAAAAGCAAUUUUAGAGACCACACUGAGAAAUUUUACGUGUUUAUCAACUGGAGACACUAUCAUGGUUGCUUACAACAACAAAAAAUAUUACAUAAAUAUUGUUGAAACAAAGCCAUCUCAUGCUGUGAGUAUUAUUGAAACAGAUUGUGAGGUGGAUUUUGCUCCUCCGUUGGACUACAAGGAACCCGAGAGGCCUAUCCAACAUGUUCCUUCAAGCAAGCCAUCUACUCAAGAUGAAGAGAUUCCUGCUGAAGAAGAACCUAAAUUUAGCCCUUUUACAGGGUUAGCAAGGUGCUUAAAUGGAAAAACUUUGAUAAGUGGAACUGCAUCUGCUUCUUCAGGGUUGAAUGGCAAACAAUCUGAUGUUGUUGGCCAUGGCAAGUCAAAACAGCCUUCUGCAGGGUCUAGUUCUCCUUCCCCUGCUCGUAAAUCUCAAGGAAAGCUUGUUUUCGGGUCAAAUUCCAAACGUACGCCUACACAAAAGGAAACUCCUAAAGAAUCAAAAAAGGAAGAGGCAGAGAAGAAACCCGAGCCUAAAUUUCAACCUUUUACUGGAAAGAAAUACUCAUUAAGAGACUAAAGCUCAAAAUAGACAUUCAUAAUAGAAAACAGUCAAAACACUUAGUCAAAGUUAGUUGAUUAGUUGAUUAGUUAGUUAGUUAGAAGAGAUUUGUAUUUAUUGAACAAAAUACAAUUAUUUAUUUAUUUAUUCAUUAUUAUUUUAAUACAACA